AUGAAAGUUCCCUUUGUUGCCAUCUGGCCUUUCCUUUUUUUUCUCAUUUUACAAAAAUGUUGCUCGUGCGACAAGUUAGACUUGCUCCACAAGUUUUACUUCAAGGACGUCCCUGGGACAAACAAGGACAUGGCCCCCGGUGAGAAGGAGCUGUACCCAUUGAUACAAGACCUUGCGGCGGAUGACGACAACUACGCCCUCGCAGGUGAACCUUACGACGAAAAUUCUUUCCCUGACCCUUUCGUUAACCCAGAGGAGUGUGUCUUGUCCUUAGGGAUCAGCCACACUUGGCUGUGUGACCCUGCCCAUCUUUUGAGUUUGAGCGAACAGCUGGAAGUUGAAGCGGCUCUGCUGAAGAUACGGGAUACGAAUUUCCACAAGUGUUCCAACAAAGGGGUGUUUUACUACCAAGUUGCAGUCGCGGUGGUCCACGAAAUUGUCAUCAGCAAAAAUAUCUCCUAUGAGAAAGCGGUAAAACAUUUCUCUCAAAAGUUGUUGCGAAAAUGGGGCAUAGGAAACAAGGAGUGUCAUGACGGCAUUUUGCUGGUAUAUGUAAAACAGCUCGGGCGGUUUAUUAUUUCUAUGAGGGAAGGAGUUGAAGAAAAGUACUUAAACGAGAAGGAUGUGACAAAGCAGUUUAUGGUCACUUACUUUGCCACGGGUUCGGUUGGAAGGUCGUUAAUCGAGACGCUGAAUUUUAUUAGCACAAAGUUACCGUCGAAGCCGCAAGGUGAGAGGAGAACAGCACACCCUCGCGGGUGA